GAUUAGAGAGGAGAGGAGAAGAGAGGAGCUCGGUGGAGGAGAGGAGAAGAGAGAGAGAGAGAGAGAGAGAGAGAGAGAGUUUAGAAAGAGAGAGAGAGAGAGGGGAGGACGGACUUGGACGAGGAUCAAGAAGUUGUGGAGUUCUUCACGGCGAUCUGACAGGCAGAGAGAGAGACUGCAGGAGCAGAUAUGGGGAAAGCUCAGGAUAAUGACAUGGAGAAAAGCACAUCUAAUAAACAACAGCGAUCACCGAAAAUAUGUGGAACCAACUACCCAGUUAGCAUUGCCUUCAUCGUAGUCAACGAGUUCUGCGAGCGAUUCUCCUACUAUGGCAUGAAAGCGGUGCUCACACUCUACUUCAUCAGAUACCUCCACUGGAACGAGAACCUCUCCACGGCUGUGUACCAUGCAUUCUCUGGCCUGUGCUACUUUACGCCCAUAUUAGGGGCCAUCAUUGCUGACUCCUGGCUGGGGAAGUUUAAAACAAUCAUCUAUCUCUCCAUCGUGUAUGUCAUUGGUCAUGUAAUAAAGUCUGUUGGUGCCAUUCCAGACGUAGGAGACAGCACUACACACGUAGCUCUUUCCGUGCUCGGCCUGGUCCUCAUCGCGUUUGGAACUGGAGGAAUCAAGCCUUGUGUUGCAGCCUUCGGUGGAGACCAGUUUGAAGAGGAACAUAUAGAUGAGAGGAGAAAGUUCUUCUCUAUCUUCUACAUGUCAAUCAAUGCUGGAAGUGUGCUGUCCACUAUCAUCACACCCAUUCUCAGAGGUGAUGUGCAGUGCUUUGGGGGGGAUUGCUACGCUCUGGCAUUUGGAGUUCCUGCAGCUUUGAUGGUCGUCGCUCUGGUGGUUUUCAUUGCUGGCAGUGGACUGUAUGAAAAGACACCUCCUCAAGGAAAUGUCCUGCUGAAUGUCUGCAAGUGCAUUGGGUUUGCCAUAAGCAAUCGGUGGAAGAGGCCCAGGAACAGCCCGAAACGUCAGCACUGGCUGGACUGGGCGGAGGAGAAGUAUUCGAAACGUCUCAUUCAGGAGAUCAAAAUGGUGCUGAGGGUUCUGCUUCUCUACAUCCCGUUACCCAUGUUUUGGGCUCUCUUUGAUCAGCAGGGAUCUCGAUGGACUCUCCAAGCCACCAGGAUGAACAUGGAUUUCGGUGGAGGCUUUGUAGUGAAGCCCGAUCAAAUGCAGAUGCUGAAUGCUUUGCUGAUUCUGGUCUUCGUCCCGAUCUUCGACAUGGGUGUGUACCCUCUGGUCGGCCUCUGUCGGAUCAAGCUCACGCCUCUGAGGAAGAUGGCUACAGGAAUGAUCCUUGCUGCGCUCGCUUUCUGCGCUGCGACUGUAGUGGAAGUCAAUGUCGUUAAAACUGUUGUGGAGACUCCACCAGCCAAGGAAUGCCUUCUGCAAGUUCUCAACCUGGCUGAUGGAGACGUUUCUGUAACAUUUCCAGGACACAGUGUUUUUCCUCAACCUAUAAAACCAUUUGAGGACCCUGCGGAAUACACAAAGCUUCCUCUUGAUGAUGACAUGGAGACCUUCACAGUCAGCGUCACCCACAAAGAUAUCGUUCACCAAUGUCAGCUUAACUUCAGUGAGACCACUGUUUACAGUCUCAUCUUACACAGUGAUAUCACAUGUGAACUGGUGAAAGAUAACUACACCAAAUCAGAUACUGGAGCAGCAUUCCUGAGAUUUAUUAACACACGAACAGACAACAUCAACAUAAGUGUAGGCAAUCAAGAUUUUGAAGUAUCAAGCGGUUAUGGAAUUUCUCGAAGCUUAGACGUUGAAAGAGGACAAUACAAUGAUGUUAAAUGCUUAUCAAGCACAUCAAAGACGUAUCAGAUCGAUCUGGGACUUCUUGACUUUGGCGCCUUCUACACAUUCAUUCUCGAAGGGGAUUCAGAACAGCUUACGUGGAGGAAGACGGUAGAUGUCCAACCCAAUAACGUCCACAUUGCCUGGCAGGUCCCCCAGUAUGUCCUCAUCACUGCAGGAGAGGUCAUGUUCUCCAUUACCGGUCUGGAAUUCUCAUACUCUCAGGCUCCGGCCAGUAUGAAGUCUGUGCUGCAGGCGGGGUGGUUGCUGACUGUGGCGUUUGGGAAUGUCAUUGUGCUGAUUGUAGCAGAAGGAGCUGGGCUGGAACAGUGGACAGAGUUCGUCCUGUUUGCUGCUCUGCUGGUGGGGGUCAGCAUCAUCUUCUCCAUCAUGGCCUACUUCUACACCUACGUGGACCCUGACCAGCUCGACAAGGAGUUCAGAGAUGAAAACAAAGACAACAUGGACGAUUUAAAGAAAGAUAAGAAGGAACAGGAGAGCAUGGGCAUGAAGGAUGUCCCAAAGCAAACCAAGAUAUAGCACAACUCUCUUCUCUGAUGUCCUGCAUUAAGAUACUGAAGCACAAUAAAUCAAAGCAAAACUAAUUGUAUAAGACAGUACAUGAUGUUCACUGGACUUCUGCUGCAUUCUGGUAUUCCAGGGCUUUCAUCUGAUCAUCAGCUGAUCUCUGUUACUCAGGGAUCCUAUUGUAUCUUUCAUGCAAAAAAAAAAAAAUCAUAAAGGGACAUUUUGUAAAAACAUUAGGUACUGUGUAGAUUAUUAAAUCUAAAUCCUUAGCAGAUUUUUUAUUGAUAUAUUUAACUUUUAAUAUUUUGAAGUAUGUAAACAUAGUCGUUAUCAAUUCAGACAAUUUGAGCCACUUUUUCUUUUUACAAUAAUUUUUACCUCAUAAGUAUUUCUAAAGUGUGUGUGUGUGUGUAUGUAUGUAUGUUUUAUAGCCACCACCAACAAUGUGAAGAGAGUAUCAUUCAGAGACUUAUUUUGUGUUUAAUAUGUGUUUUAUAACCCAAUCCGCUUGUUUAUUCUUAAUUUUUCUAAACAAGUUUAGAUAAAUCGGUUAAUGUUGGACACGGUUGCUCUUUUUUUGCCUUAAAAUGCUUCAAUAAAAUGUAGCAAUUUCUCA